AUGGCGUACCCCUUUCAACUAGGUUUCCAAGAUGCUACAUCCCCCAUUAUAGAAGAACUCCUACACUUUCACGACCACACACUAAUAAUUGUAUUUUUAAUCAGCUCUUUAGUUCUUUAUAUUAUCUCGUUGAUGCUAACAACCAAGCUCACGCACACGAGUACAAUAGAUGCUCAAGAAGUAGAAACCAUCUGAACCAUCCUACCUGCUAUUAUCCUGAUUCUUAUCGCCCUACCCUCCUUACGAAUUCUCUAUAUAAUGGAUGAAAUCAACAACCCCUCCCUCACAGUAAAAACCAUAGGACAUCAAUGAUAUUGAAGUUAUGAGUACACUGAUUACGAAGACUUGAAUUUUGACUCUUACAUAAUUCCUACCCAAGAGCUAAAACCAGGAGAACUCCGGCUAUUAGAAGUUGACAACCGAGUAGUUUUACCAAUAGAAAUGACCAUUCGCAUGUUAAUCUCAUCAGAAGAUGUGUUACACUCAUGAGCCGUCCCAUCCCUAGGCCUAAAAACUGAUGCUAUCCCAGGCCGAUUAAAUCAAACAACUCUAAUAGCUACACGACCUGGUUUAUAUUAUGGCCAAUGCUCAGAAAUCUGUGGCUCAAACCAUAGCUUCAUACCCAUUGUUCUUGAAUUAGUCCCACUAACGUACUUUGAAAAAUGAUCUGCAUCUAUACUGUAA